AAUUAGCGAUGACAUACCGUUUACUUUGCAGUUGUUGCUGCUUUCCCCGCAACUCACCUUUUCUCGGUCACUGAAUCUGGACGUUAACAAUCCAGCCCAGCCACGCCACGCUCCGCACCACACAGCGCACCAAUUUUCCAUUUUAAAAGCCAACGCGGAAAGGAAACAACCAAACACCAUCACCACGUUCUCCCUUCAUCUCAACGAUAAAGCUGUACGAUUCUGAAACUAGUCAUUCACUUAUUGCAUGAAGGCAGAGCUGUGAGAAAUUAAGUUUUUGUAUUGGAAGCUCUAGUUCAACAUGUCUUCUGUAAGCAAGGGUGAUCGGAAGGCUUCUCUUGAUGCAGCAUCAUGGUUGUUCAAUGUGGUCACGUCUGUGGGAAUAAUCCUGGUGAAUAAGGCCCUAAUGGCUACAUAUGGUUUUAGUUUUGCUACUACUUUAACUGGUCUGCAUUUUGCCACGACAACUUUGUUGACACUCAUUCUUAAAUCGCUGGGAUAUAUUCAGACCUCUCAUCUUCCAUUAUCUGAUAUUAUCAAAUUUGUCUUAUUUGCAAAUUUCUCCAUCGUUGGGAUGAAUGUGAGUUUAAUGUGGAAUUCUGUUGGUUUUUAUCAGAUUGCUAAGCUGAGCAUGAUUCCAGUAUCUUGUUUUCUGGAGGUUGUCUUGGACAAUGUACGAUAUUCAAGGGACACAAAGCUUAGUAUUGUUUUGGUUUUGCUUGGUGUUGCUGUCUGUACAGUCACCGAUGUCAGCGUUAAUGCAAAAGGUUUUAUUGCUGCUUUGAUAGCAGUUUGGAGCACAGCCCUGCAACAGUAUUAUGUGCAUUAUCUUCAGAGGAAGUAUUCUAUUGGAUCAUUUAACUUGUUGGGCCACACAGCACCAGCACAGGCAGGAAGUUUACUCCUAGUAGGCCCCUUUCUGGACUAUUGGUUGACAGGCAAACGAGUUGAUGCCUACGGAUAUGGCUUGACAUCAACUUUGUUCAUCAUUCUGUCUUGCACCAUUGCAGUAGGGACAAACCUCAGUCAGUUCAUCUGCAUCGGUAGGUUCACGGCUGUAUCAUUCCAAGUCCUUGGUCACAUGAAGACUAUUUUGGUCCUAAUCCUGGGCUUCAUUUUCUUUGGAAAAGAGGGUCUCAAUCUACAUGUUGUUCUGGGUAUGAUCGUUGCGAUAGCAGGAAUGGUCUGGUAUGGCAAUGCUUCUUCUAAGCCAGGGGGGAAAGAGCGUCGUAGCUUUUCUCUUCCCAAAACACAAGAUUAUAGUUCACUACCUGUGUCCUCUGAACCAGACACGAAGGCAUAGAAAAUAAUAGAAAUUCACUAGAGAGGAAGUGCUGCAACUCUUGGUUAACUGUGUGGAAAAUCAGGUGUCCAGCGAAUUGGAUUAAUUUUCAUUAUACCUGGAGUGAAUUCCCCAAUUAUUUAUAGAUCAUAGUCAUAUCUUGUGUUAAUGAAUUGUUUGGGAGGGAAAUGGGAGGAAAAAGCGUUGUUAGACGAGGAAAAAAUCUAUGCUAUGUUCCAUUUUUUUUUAUUACAGAUAAUGUUAGUGUCACUUUUAUAGUAAAGUUUAAUUCCAUUUUUGCCA